AUUUCAUCUUAAACGGCAGUAAUCCCUAAACUGAGCCCGCAGACGGGGGCGAUCUGUACUUGCUUGUAAUGAAAGCGUUUUUCCUCAAGUUUCCGGAACUAGGCGGCGCUUACAGACCAUCAGACGAGACGGACCAGUCAGCAAUAGGAAAAAGAAUGCUGUAUCCUAUGCUAAUGACGUCACAUGGAUUAGUCGAGUUUGAAAAAAGAGAAAAUCUACCUAAGGAAUUCUGCAUGAUUUCACGGACGUCGGUUCCGUUGCUCAACGGCGAGGAAUGUCAGCUGGCGGCACCGACAACCCCGCUCGAAUCCACUUGUUCAAAAACAAGGGAAAAUGUGCUUUGGAGUCUCUGCGCAGGAGAGCGGAAGUGAAGGUGGAACUGAGAAAAGCAAAGAAAGAUGAGCAGAUUUUUAAGAGAAGAGCCAUCCAACAGGACGACCCAGCGUCCCUUCUUCAUGACAAAAACUACAGAGGACAGUGUUGGUCUGUGGAGGAGAUAGUUGGAGCUGUGAACAGUCAGAAUUUAGAACAUCAGGUACAAGCAGUGCAGGCUGCCAGAGCGUUUCUGUCCAGAGAAAAGAGUCCACCUGUUGACGGCAUCAUUGCUGCUGGACUCAUUCCAACGCUCGUAGGUUUUCUGGCUCUCUCUGAAAACCCUCCUAUCCAGUUUGAGGCAGCAUGGGCCCUGACCAACAUCGCCUCAGGCACCUCACACCAGACGAAGUCCGUCAUCGCGGGGGGAGCCGUUCCAGCCUUCGUCUCACUGAUAUCGUCGCCCCACCAGCACAUCUCUCAACAAGCCAUUUGGGCCCUGGGAAAUAUUGCAGGAGAUGGAGCGGAUAGCAGGGAUUUGGUUAUCCACCAUGGUGGGCUUCAGCCCCUCCUGGCUUUGUUGGAAACCUCCGACUUGUCUGUUUUUGGUUCAUCCUACCUCCGCAAUGUCACCUGGGCGCUCUCAAACCUGUGUCGGCACAAGAAUCCAGCACCUCCCCUGGCAUCGGUGCGUCAGAUGCUUCCUGUCCUGGCGCACCUCCUGCACCAUGAUGACAGGGAGGUCCUGGCUGACACCUGUCGCGCUUUGUCUCAUCUGACUGAUGGGGCAAACGAGAGGAUAGAAAUGGUAGUGGACACCGACUGCGUGCCCCGUCUCGUCCAGCUUCUCUCCUGUGAGGACGUCUCCAUCGUGACCCCAGCUUUGAGAACCAUCGGCAACAUCGUGACUGGAACUGAUGAGCAGACCCAGUGUGUGCUGAAUGCAGGUGCGCUGGCAGUGUUCCCCGUCCUGCUGGGAUACCCCAACCCCAACAUCCAGAAAGAAGCAGCGUGGGCAGUUUCUAACAUCACUGCUGGCAAGAGCAGCCAGAUCCAGGAAGUCAUUAAUGCAGGCCUGGUACCCAUGCUGGUGGACAUUCUUCAGCAGGGAGAUUACAAGACCCAGAGGGAGGCGGUGUGGGCUGUCACCAAUUACACCAGCGGGGGAACUGUGGAUCAAGUAGCCUAUUUAGUCCAUUGCAACGCUUUGGAGCCUUUGAUCCAACUGUUGCAUAUCAAAGACAGCAGGGUGAUCUUGGUCAUCCUGGACGCAAUCGACAAUAUUUUGCAGAUGUCAAAAGAUACCGGUGAAGUUGAGAAAGUGCGCCUUUUGAUUGAAGGUCUGGGAGGCUUAGACACACUGGAGGCAUUGCAGUCCCACGACAACGAAGCCGUUUACAAGUCCUCCCUUAACAUCAUAGACAAAUACUUCUCUCAGGAGAACGACGACAAGAUUCCUGAAUCGGAGGCAGAUUUCAUUGCCUUCCAUAUCCCAGAGGGUCAUGGAUCUUUUCUGUUUUAAAACUUUUUGUUUUCUUUAUGUAAAAUGAUUUCUUUAUAGACUUUUUUUAUAUUUUUAAUGAACCUGACAAUGCUUGUUUUUUUUUCUUUCUAAUUUCUAUUAAAACAGCAAUAUAUCCACAUUUCCAUGAAAUGUUUUUAAAUAAAAUGCAUUCUUUA